AUGCCAGAGGAACCCAGAGAGCAGAAGGCCGGCCUGGCGGUGGAGGACACGCGACGACCUCGCCCUGCAGCCUGCUCCGCGGUGGCCGAGCAGGAUGCGGCGGGCAGGGCGGCGAGCCGCAGCACCGUGCUGCGGCCCCAGAAGUCCAACAUCAGCGACGCCAACUUCCCGGUGGAUGCCGAGGGGCGCACCUACCACCUGGGCACCAAGCGCGGCGAGGUGGCCAACCGCAUCCUGUCGGUGGGGUCCGAGAAGCGGGCGCUCAUGCUGGCUGAAUACCUGGAGCCCGUGGCGCCCGGGCGCGGCCUCUUCAUGCUGGAGAGCAGCCGCGGCUUCCUCACCAUCACAGGGCGCUACACAGGUGCCCCGGUGUCCAUCAUCGUGACGCACAUGGGCAUGGCUAAUGCCGACUUUGUUGUGCGCGAGAACAGGCACGCUGCUGCCCUGCACGCAGCCUCCUCCUGCGCUGAUGCUGAUGCUGACGAUUACAGCCGGGGGGCGGUGGUGGAGGGAGAGAUGGCCAUUGUGCGGCUGGGCACGUGCGGCGCACUGCAGCCGCCGGCGCAUCUUGGUUCCUUUGUGGUGGCAGACCCAGGGGCCAUCCUGAUCAGGCGCAACCCCGACGCCUUCACGCCCGAGGGCGAGGAGGGCGGGCUGGUGCCGUACACCUUCAGCCGCCCCAUCCCAUCCGACCCCGCGCUGUCGCUGGCGCUGGAGCAGGAGGCGGUGCGGCUGCUGGGGCCCGAGGGCGUGUGCCGCGGCCUCAACGCCACCGCAGACUCGUUCUACAGCAGCCAGGGCAGGCGCACCGGCUGGUUUGAGGACCGCAACGAGACGCUGCUGGCAGACCUGCUGUGCUGCUACCCCGAGGCGGUGACCCUGGAGAUGGAGACGGCCAUGCUGCUGGACCUGGCGCGGUGCAGCCGGGGCAGCAUCCGCGCCGCCGCGGGCGUCAUCGCGCUGGCCGACAGGGCCAGCAACCACUUCCUGGCUGCCGAGCGCACGGAGCAGCUGGAGCGGGCGACGGGGCAGGCGUGCCUGGCGGCGCUGGCGCGCACGCCGCUGGACGACGACUGGGGCCCACACAACGGCAGCGGGCCGCCCGUCUGGGCCAGCUGA